AUGGAACCGGAACAUCGCAGAAUGUUGUCUUUAUUAGAUGAUUUAUUAAAACCUGUUUCAACAGUUAAAAUCUCUGAACAAGAAAAUCAUGAACAAUUAACGAUUAAUGCUAUUUUUUCGAAUGUCUGUGAUCGUUUUAAUGAACAAUGUUCAUUAUUCAGUGUUGAAUCAUCAGACGACGAUCCAUAUUGGCGUUACAUUCAAAUUCAUUUGAAUCUACUAGAUUCUAUAUUACCAAAGAGUGAUGAAAUAUCGAGUAUUCCAUUUUUUAGUGUUAAUGAUGAAUUAAUAAUCAAAAAGUCAUUUGAAAUUAUUACAUUACUUGGUUUAGUACUACAUUUUGAUGAUGGUUUGUAUUUAUCAAUUGAAAAAUGUUUAAAAAAUGUUUCAUCAUCAAUACACAUCAUAUUAUUAAAAACAAAAUUAAAUUAUGAAAAAAGAAUAUAUCGUUUAGCAUACGUUCUAAAAUAUUAUCUAAAAUGGAUUAUUAUUGAUAAAAAUAAUUCUUCUUAUCAACAUUUAUUAAUCAAAACACAUCUAUUAGAAAUAAUCAUUGCACUUUUUCAACUAUUAUAUUCACCAAAUUUAAAAUAUUCUAAUUUUAAUUUAACAACACUUUGUCUUGAACAAAAUCUAUUAUGGUUAAAAAAAAAUAUUUAUUCAUUUGUUCGUGAAUUAAUGUUAUUAAAUCGUUUAUUAUCUUCAACGGCAAAUAGUCCCGUAUGGUUAAAAAAACGUUGUGGUGAAAUGUUAACAAGUGUCCUAUUAGAUGAUGGUGGUGUCAAUAGAAUUAUUCAAACAUUAUUGGAAACAACAAUGGGAAACAUAGAUGGAAAUGAAUGGAAAUUAUAUGAGAACAUUGCAAAUAUAAUUUCAACAUGUCCAAAAAAUUUCACUCAAAUACAAUAUUUAGAACGAAUAUGUGAACAAAUCAUUGCUUUAUUACAUGAUAAAAAUGAUAAACGUUAUGUUCAUAUUUCAUGUGUAAUUAUUAAUGAAUUAAUUAAAAAAUAUCCAAGAGAUUUAUUAACAUGUUAUAUUUUUCGUCCAUUAUUUUCUCCAUUUUAUUCAUACAAAGAUAUUAAGACUAAUGGUGAUAAACAAUUCUUUGAUGAACUAGUACUAUGUGGAGAAGAACAGUUUGAAAAGAUUUUAAUUGAUCUCGAUCGAUUAGUUGUACAAACGCAAACAAAAAAUAAUUAUAUUAGUGAAUAUUUACAAUUGACAAUUUUGUUUGAAUUGAUUGAAACAUAUUUUGCAUUAGAAAAAACACUUGCACCUUUCAAAAAAUCAUUUCUAACUAUUUUAUCAACAAUAUUAUCUUUCAUUGAUGUUCAACAAUGUUCGAAUUAUUUGCAACAAUCUCUCUUUGAAUCAAAAAACGUUUAUACUGUAAGAUUUGUCUGUGAUAAUGAAACAAAUGGCUUUCAGUUUGUUAUUGCAAACAACAAUCAAAUAUCCAAUGAAGUUGAUCUAGACGAUCUGACAAAUGUUUGUCAUUUAGUAAAAAAACUGCUUUUGUCAUUGAAUAAUGAUCGAUUAAUCGUCUGUAUAUUUCUUGAUAUGUUAAAAACACUUUUUACACCAUUGCAACUACCCGCACCAUCGUUGAUUUGUUCAGAGAUCGAAACUCAAAAGAAUUUAUUACAAAUUAGAUAUCAAAUAAAACGAAUAACAUUUUUGAACAUUCUUGUUGAAUAUAUUGAACAACAUAUUGAUUUAUUGUUGAAAAAUGUUGAUGAUACAAUUCAUGUGCUACAGAUUCUUUUAGAACAAAUGGCGGAUAUUUUAAAUAAAAAAUAUACUAGUGACGAUGCAGACGAAGAGUCGUUGCAAAUGAUCUUUGCCAUUGCCACAUUACUUAUUACACAUCAUGAACAGUUAUCACAUGAAAGCAAAACUCGUUUAUCCAAUAUGUAUCCACUAUUAGAGUUGAUUGAAAAAAAACAUUUAAAUUCUGAUAUUGUUCGUUUAGCAAAAGAGUUAAAAAUUGCUUUUGUAACAUUUGGUGCUGUUGUUGAGUCAACUAGUACUCAACGACAACCAUUAAUAGAAGAGAUACGCGAUAUUAAAGAAGAAUCGUAUGAUAAUGCUAUUGAAUUGUUAAAUGAUGAUGCUCUUCCGCUACGUGCACACGGUCUAAUAUUAUUUCGACGUCUUCUCGAGAAAAAAGAUGCUAAAACAUUAUCAAAAGUUGAUAAAUUGUUUGAUUUAUUUCAAAAAUAUCUUCAAGAAGAAGAUUCAUAUAUCUAUUUGGCAGCAAUCAAUGCCUUAUGUGCAUUAGCUGAUCGUUAUACGGAUAAAGUAUUACCUCUAUUAUGCCAUGAAUAUACUAUGAUUGAACGAAAAUUAGAAGAUAAGCUAAAAGUGGGAGAAGUCCUAGUGAAAGUAUCAAAAUUACUUGGUGAUAUAACACCAAAAUAUUCUACUAUAUUGAUAAAUACAUUUUUAAAUGCAUCAAAACAUAAUGAUACGUUAUAUCGUGCUAGUGCAUUAUCAAAUCUAGGACAAAUAUGUCAAAUAUUAAAAUAUUCACUAAGAGGAUGUAUUAAUGAAAUUUUAAUGGCAUUAAAAUGUUAUUUAUCAAUCCAUGAAGUAUCUGAUGUUCGUCGUUCAUCCAUAUUGGUUGUUGAAUUAUUAUGUCAAGGUUUAGAUAAAAAUACGUGGUUACUUAUCGACAACGAACUACCAUCAUUAUAUAAACUUUUGUUACAAUUAUACAAAAAUGAUAAAGAUGAUAUCGUUAAACUUCAUGCACAAAUUGCUCUUGACUCAUUAAAUUUUAUAUGUAAAGAUUAUCUUAAACCAAAUACGAUACUUGAAAAAGAAAUUCGAAUUUCUUAG